AUGGCGUCAAACUCUUCGAGUUCCAGCAAUAUGAAUAAACUGCAGUGCUCGUAUCAUCCUAAGGCAGAUUUAAUCGAUGACUAUCAUACCGGAGAUAUGAUUUGUUCUGAUUGUGGACUUGUUGUUGGUGACCGGAUUAUUGAUCUGUCGAGCGAAUGGCGCACAUUUAGCGAUGAAAAGAAUAGGGAGGACCCAUGCCGUGUCGGUAGUACGGAUCCGUACUUGGAGGAUAAUGAUUUGUCUACGAUUUUGCAAAGCCCAAAAGGCGAACACUUCAACGACACAAAAUGCUACAAAAUGCAUCCCAACACAAACAAGCUGGUCUUAGGCUUCGCCGAAAUAUCCACAAUGGCCGAACGUAUAAAUGCACCGAAAUCGAUCGUAAAUCAUGCGAAAAACCUUUUCAAGCGUGUGCAGGAAGUCCAGGAGCUGCGCCACCGAUCGAUGGACGCAAAAGCAACGGCCUGCCUGUACAUUGCCUGCCGGCAGGAAGUAGUACCACGAACGUUCAAGGAACUGUGUGCCGUAAGCUCGGUCAGCAAAAAGGAGAUCGGCCGUUGCUUUAAGCUGAUCGUUAAAACGCUUGCCACCUCGCUCGAGCUCAUCACGUCGAAUGAUUUUAUGUCACGUUUCUGCACGAAUCUUCGUCUCCCAAUGGUGGUACAACAGUCGGCAACUCAUAUUGCACAAACUGCCAUCAAAAUGGAUAUCGUUUCGGGUCUUUCGCCGAUCUCGGUGGCAGCUGCCGCUAUCUAUAUGGCAUCGCAAGCAUCGGACACGGUGAUAAGCAACAGAAAUAUUGCGCAGAUUGCUGGUGUUGCAGAAUUGACCAUACGGAAGGCUUACAAGCUGAUGCUUCCCUACGCUGAGGAGCUAUUUCCGAAGAAUUUCAAUUUUUUCAAACACAUCAACUUCUUGCACAAAUCUCAACCGAGUUAG